AUGUUUAUAUCUUCCCUUGGUCUACUGGCCUUUGUCGCAUACACGCAAGCGGCCAACUUGACGGUGUUGUCCACUGCGAUGACUCCGAAUGGCUUCCAUAAUGCUGCCCGCGGCUGGAACUCUUUUGGUAUACAGGCAAACUCGGCGACAACGCCGAGCUGGGGCGAAUUCAACCAGGGCAACGUCACGCGCCAAUGCGAUGUCCUCGCCCAGCCUCACUUUAAAGCCGCUGGGUAUCAAUACUGCAGUCUCGACUCCGGCUGGUCCCUGGACGAAGGCGACAACAACGGUCGUCUUCUCUACGAUCCUUCUCUGUUCGACCUUCCCGCCUUUGCAGAACAUCUGCACCGCAAGGGUCUUCUGCUCGGCGUCUAUGUGCUCCCGGGCGCGCUUUGUGACGAUGGCAACAAGACGAUCCUUGGAACGAACGUUCAGCUCAAGAGCACUUUCAAUGGCAACAACGAUGGCUUCCUCAGAUGUGAUUUUGACUUUUCCAAGCCAGGAGUGCAGGAAUGGCACGAUUCCGUCAUUCACUUGUUCGCGUCUUGGGGAGUUGACCUUGUGAAAGUAGAUUUUGUUACUCCGGGCUCGCCUGACAAUGGCGCAAACCUAGUUGUUGACAAUAGUGGCGCCGUGGUUGCCUACCAUAAAGCCAUUGCUAAGGCGAGCCGGCCUAUGCGUCUGGACAUCUCGUGGAAGCUGGAGCGCAACAACACCUACUACGAUAUUUGGCGCGCGAAUGCCAAUACUAUGCGCACAGACCAAGACAUCAACAACUCCGGCAAGAGCACCUUUGUCGAGUGGGCGACAGUACAGCGCGCUAUAGAAAAUUACCGCCAGUAUAUCGUUUUGCAAAUUCCAAAGGACCAGCCCCUCUCAAUCUACCCUGAUAUGGACAAUCUCUAUGCUGGGAACUCCGCUAAGAUAACGGGCGUUUCCGACUCCAUGCGAGAGACGAUCAUGAGCCACUGGCUUGGCGCUGCGGCGAAUCUCAUCACCGGAUCCGAUCUGACCAAUCUUGAUAACCUCGGUGUGAAGCUGUUGACCAGUCAGACGGGCAUUGCCAUUGCUGAUUUUGCUGCAAAGUACCUCAUGCAACCGCGCAACCCCGGCAGUGGUGGGACGGAUGCCAAGCAGCUGCAGGCGUGGAUUGCCGGUCCAGAUCUCAAGGCUGGACAAGCCAUCGUUAUCCUAGCUAACUAUGGCCCUGAUCAGGGCCAGGGUGGCUUCAGCACCCAAUUAGCUGGUAAGCAGAAAGUUUCCAUCAGCCUGGAAGAUCUUGGACUGGGUAGCGGUCCCGCAUUCAAUGUGGAAAACGUGUGGUCAGGCAAGUCUUCUGUAAUCGAGCGUGGUGGCUCCCUUUCCGAGAGCCUAGCAGAAGGGGAGUCAGUGCUGUUGAAGCUGUCACUGAGAUGA